GGCUGCAGUGCAAAGUGUUUGCAGGUGUGACUGUAUCUGAAUGAGGACACUUCUGUACCUUUUAUCCUGCAUUUGACUGACGCUUGGUUCUCUACCUUUAUCUGCUUGUGCCUCUUCAGCAGCCUCAUCUUAGGAGCAGUUUUGGACACUGUGUUGCCCAUUUCAAGUGGGCAUCUGCAAAGCGUGAUCAAAAUGAAUUUUGAUGAAAUCCUCGGCCUUAUUGGAGGCUUUGGGAAAUUCCAGAAGACGUUGUAUGUAUGGAUCUGUCUACCUCAGAUCUUUCUUGCAUUCCACAUGCUGAUUUCUGUCUUCACCGGGGCUGUUCCUCCUCAUUUAUGCCGCCCAACCUGGCCCUCAACAGGUAUGCCAGCCACUUUGAACUUCAGCCUUCUGACCCAGCCUGAUGGCCAGUCUGAGUUGUCAUGCACUGUCCCCUUGAACCACAGCGAUGCUGUAACUCUUGGUGAUGGGCAUCCUCCUGGGAGCUGCCAGGGACACUGGGAGUACAGCAACAACACUUUCAAAAGCACCAUAGUAACUGAGUGGGACCUGGUGUGUGACAAUGCUAGCCUGAACAACAUGGGCUCCUCCAUCUACAUGUUUGGUCUCCUUGUUGGUGCUGUGUUGUUUGGGAGCUUAGCUGAUAAGUACGGCCGCAGGAUCAUCAUCCUCAUCAACCUGGCCACCCAGGCAGUAUUUGGGGUUGGUGCGGCUUUCGCGCCAAAUUUUUACAUGUACACUGCCCUUCGAUUUAUAGUUGGAACAUCCAUCUCUGGAGUUAUCAUGAAUGCGUUUGUUCUAGGCACAGAAUGGACAGGACCGAAGCAGCGAAUGCUGGCUGGUAUAAUAACUGACUAUUUCUUUGGUUUUGGCUACAUUCUGCUGGCCGGGUUGGCAUAUCUCAUAAGAGACUGGCGACAACUGCAGCUGGCCAUUUCAGCUCCUGGCUUCCUCUUCGUCUUCUACAUCUGGGUGUUGCCAAAGUCAGCUCGCUGGUUAAUGGCCAAUGACAGGGAAGAGGAAGCAUGGGAGCUGAUCCGGAAAGCAGCGCAGAUGAACGGGAAGCCCAUCACCAAAGAUCACGAAUUGUAUCCGGUACAGCUGCAACAAGGCUAUAAAACUGAAGGGAAAACAAAGGUGAAGGAAACUCACUCUUGCAUAGAUCUUGUUCGAACCCCAAAAAUGAGGAAGCAGUCGUUGAUUGUUUUUUAUCUCUGGUUCGUCAACGUGCUGGUGUACUACGGCCUGUCCCUCAACAUCUCUGACUUUGGGAUGAACAUCUAUCUGACCCAGCUUAUCUUCGGCCUGGUGGAGAUGCCUGCACGCACCAUCACCCUGUUCACCCUCAACCGCUCCCGCAAGAUCUCCCAGCUAGCUUUCCUAGCUGUGGGCGGCACAGCCUGCCUGCUGACCAUCUUCAUCCCCAGUGAACUAUCUGUCAUCAGAACAGUCCUGGCCAUGAUUGGGAAGUUUGGAAUCACAGCUUCUCUGUCCAUUAUUUAUGUCUACUCAGCGGAGGUGUUCCCCACUGUGAUCAGACAGAACGGGAUCGGCCUUAGCUCCAUGUGUGCGCGCACUGGAGGAGUCCUGGCUCCCAUGAUGUACCUGCUGAGGAGCAUCAGUCCUCAGGCUCCCAUGUUGCUUUGUGGUCUCUGCCCUCUGCUGGGCUCUGCCCUCACCCUGCUGCUGCCUGAGACCGCCAAUAGGCCCCUACCUGACACUAUAGAAGAUAUAGAGGGAACCAACCUCAGGUCUGACACCAGCACUUGUUUUGAAAGGGUCAGUUCACCCAAAGUAAAAAAAAACUCUAGUGGUAUGAGCCAUGCUUCAGAUGUGUGUUUGUUUUUUUAUUGAAAUGAUCGGCCUCCAUUAAAUUGCCAUCUAAGGCAACCUAUUGUAGUUGCCGAGUAUUACAGAAAAAAAAAAAAUAUUGGGUUAAGACUAUGAAAAUGUUUUUGCAUGAGGCAGAUGAUCUGCCUAAAGAGAUGCUGCUGUAAAUGUUCCUUUUAACUUUGAAUUUUCAUCUCCGCUGUAUUUUGGAACAGACCAAAAUCUCAAAGAGUGAUAUCUGGAGACUAUCUGCACAGAAAGAUACCACGAUGGGGCCGGGAGAAUGUUUUUUUGUUUUUGUUUUGUCAUUUUGGUGAACUGAUCCUUUAAAUGUUGUAUGUUGAAUUUGUAUACCAUUAAACAUUGGGAUCAGGGGAUUUUAUUAAUUAGUGCAAUAAUGUAGCAUUGAAAGGUGAACUAAUGAGUGGAAACCAUAUGGUUAUGUUCUGUGUACUCAAAAAAUGUAGUGAUAGAGUUUAAAGAUUCAGUUCUAAACAUUUUGAAUAAAAUCUUGUUGUGUCUUUCUCUGUCAGUGAAGAGGACGGCGGAGUGAAGCCAGUCAUCUUUGACACGUCUCUGAAGAACAUGAACACCGGCAGCACCACGAUGGACUGACAAACAACGGCAGCAUCAGUAUGAGCUGCUACAUCCCAUGAGGCGCUCCAUGUUUUUCAGUACUGCACCAAAGACAAUUGUCUGUUUGUGGUUUUGUGCUGACUGAGCAUUUCGUGUACAUUAUGUGUCUCAAAGCUUUUUUGCUGGACGCAGCUUCCUGCUGCUGCAAUUGGAUAGAGAUUGGUGAGCAAAAACACCUGAUACACCUGAUGCAACUUUUGCUGCAUUGUGAUUCGCAUUGGUCAAUCACAUGAAUGCAAGCACUCAAGCCUCUUCCUCCAACUCAACUGCCUGGACACACCCCCACCUGUGCAUCCCUGCUGUUGUUUUACCACAGGACAAAUCUCACUAAUCCUCAGUGUUGGACUUCUGAAAAGGAGAAAACUAUAGGUUUCAACACAUACGUACACAGUAUAAGGUCGGAACAGCGGCAGCACAUUAAUGAUUCCGGAGUUGUUUCUCCACUCAGUCUCAGCUUGGUUGUGUUUUGAAAGUUGUAGCUUUAUCAGUGCUACAUGUACAGUAAGUCUACAUCCCUCUCCGUGCAGUCAGUUACUCCUCCUCUCUUACGCAAACACACUCCCCACUAUGAUAUGAUGCACAGAAAGAAGAAAUGUGUAUUUGUCUUGUUCAUCUAUGUAACAGACCACAAACCCUCGCCAGCCAGGGGGUUAGUAUUACUGAUUUCUGUGCUUUUGUUUAAUUUUACUUGUAUAUUUCUGUCAUUUCAAAUGUAUGUACAUAAACUGCUUGACACCAGCCAAACACUGCUGUCUCCAGGUGUUGGAGGCAAAGUUCAUUCAACAAGUCACUAUAAACACAGAGAGGCAUUGUCAUCUGUCUGAUUAGUAGAGACAGUGAAAAGUGAUUGACAAUCUGUACCAGAUAUGCCAUUCUUAACACUGUCAAGUGAAAAUAGAAAUUUACAAGGGAACAAUUAGGCCCAAUCCCAUUUCAAUCCCUUGGCCCUACCCCUACCCCUUGUUUUCAAGGGUUAUCUUGCCCCUUGAAACGGAGUCACAAGGGGUAGUGGUUGAAAUCUUCCCCUUUGAAUUGGGACAGCCCUUCCAGAAGCCGUUACAUCACCAGUAGUCGUCGCGAAAACCUGACACGUCAUCAGUAGUAGAUGCAAAAAUAUGGGAUUAUCAUGCAGAAAACGCUAGCGCGAUCUUUUUUUUUUUAAGGUUGUUGUGAAAAAAGUGCCCAUAAUACAUUGAAAUUAUAUUAAACUAAAAUAAUACAAUCAUUAUCGUAAUCUUCAAAUCCUUAUUAAUGGAGAAAAUACUACAUUUGUGGGUCUCUCUCCCAGCAUGCCGAUGAUUCUCAAGGAUUCUGGGUAAGUGAGGGUCUGAAAAAUCUCUGUUUGGAGGGGUAUCCAGCCCUACCCCUCGGCCCUACCCCUCGGCCCUACAGUUACGAGCACAAAUAACACUGUUGGUUUUAAUGUUAAUGAUGAAGUGGAUCAAUAAUCUGGCUCCAGUUCACCACCUCACGUCAGCAUUGUCAUUUUCCCGUCUCCAAAAUGUUUGUACGCAUGGGUCAGAGUUAGCGUGGAAGUGCGCACAUUCUCCAGUCAAGUUUGUUUUUAUAAAUCCCAACGUUUACAUGAGAAGUGGCGUACACAAGGUGUUACAGGUGUUGGGACAGCCUACCCCUACACGUGAGCGCGCAAAACGAAGGGGUAGGGCCAAGGGGUAAAAUGGGAUUGGGCCUUAGUGUCCCAAAGUCCAGAUAUAAACACAUCUGAAAGACAGCAGGGAUGUUGAUGAAGUGGAUGUCUAUUGCUUUGGAGACAACACAACUUUAUGUCUUCACAGAAUGGAAGUUGGAAGGUGUGAGGAGUAUGAUUGUAAAUAUGUGUAAAAAUGUUUUUUACUACUAAUAUGUGAAAGACUUGUAUUGUAAUUUAAAAAUGUAUAGCCUGUGGAAUGAUUUCUAUAUAAAGGCCCUUGGACAAAUUUUCCAAAUAA